UAAAUAGCGACACGCUCUCGUCUCGAGGUUUUCUAAUUACUGAUUAGUGUCAGCCGAUUUUAACUAAUUGAACAGUGUGGCCGAGUGUCGCUUGACAGGAAAUAAAAAUGUGGUUAUAUUUGGUUUGUUUCGUCGCUUUUCACCAAUGCUUCUGCAUGGGUCAUCAACUGGUCAAAAGAGAGACAAACACUUCUAUGACAUGCGAAUGCUCGCCCAAAUUAUCUUGCUCGGCAAAGUAUCAGAAGGUCGAAGGUCACACGGCUUGCCUCACAAAAUCAGCCAUAGCUAACUCUACAGCGUUAACUGCGGCUGAGAAAACGCAAAUUGUCGACCUCCACAACACACUGAGGGGACAGGUGACUCCCGCUGCCACAGACAUGCUAAAACUUACCUGGGACGAUGAGCUGGCCAUGCUAGCCCAGCACUGGUCUGACGCCUGCCGUAAGGACGCCUCGGGAAAUUAUUACCACGACUCUCUCAGGUACAUCCCAGGGAGUCUAUCAGUAGGUCAAAACAUGGCCUGGGGGCACGCAAGUUUUAGCGACGCCAUCAAUGAUUGGAACAGCGAAAAAUCGAAUUACGUCUACGGGACAGAGUUAUCAAGUUUUGACCCUAACAAACCCGUGGGUCAUUACACCCAGCUAGUCUGGGCCAACACGAGCAGGAUAGGUUGUGGCUUUACCCUGUGUGGAUCAGACAAGUUUUACGUCUGCAACUACGCACCUGCAGGGAACAUCAUGCCAUUCGCCCAGCCGUACAGAUCAGAUGGCGCCAAAUGUUCCAGGUGUCAGACCUGCUUUAACGGUGCUCUUUGUGACUGUGCAAAUCUCGUGUGCGAGAACUGGUCUGCAAUGGACGUCGCGACCUGCACAUGCGCGUGCAAGGUUGCUGGGAUACACGUGGGAGCAACAUGCAAAUUGAGCUGUCUAGCACCUGACCCCUACUACUGCGGAAACAACCCAGGCUUCACCAAGGACAAAUGUUUGUCGUCAUUUAUAUCGUCAUCUUGUCCACAUCUGUGUGGCAUUUGUCCAUGUGCCGACACUAGCGCCACCUUCGUGCCAUGUAAAGAUGGAUGUCAUCCAUUGGCCAGUGGAUCCGUAUGGAUAAUGUUGAUGCUAGCCUGGAUCUUGUCCCUCGUGUAAAUCCACCACACCAGUCUACAACCACACCAGUCUACAUCCACACCAGUCUACAUCCACCACAGUCUACAUCCACCACACCAGUCUACAUCCA